AUGGUAUCGGUAUUGCUAGACAAGGCAAAGGCCAAGCGUCAAGCUCCUGUAUCGGUACACUUUCUCGGGACAUGCGGUGGUCCUCUCGUCAGUCGGGCAUGCUCUUCGCUAGCGGUAGACUUUGGCAAUGAUAUAUGGAUAUUCGAUGCCGCCGAUGGCACCACCGGACGUCUACACCAGUCCUCCUUGAAGAUGUCCAAUAUCUCCCGGAUCUUCAUCACGCACAUGCACGCAGACCAUACUCUGGGUCUAGUAUCCAUUUUGACGCAGAUCAUGUGCGGCGUAGGCGUCUCAGCGGCGGAUCUCGAGCGUCAAAAGGCCAAGGGGACAGAUCGAAAGGCGGACAUCAACAUCUUUGGUCCGGUUGGGCUUCGGAAACUCAUCAGGACUUCGCUUCAGCUGGUCGGCGCGACCUUAGCGGGAGCUUAUGCGGUCCAUGAGUUGCUUGGGGCAGACGAGGAUGCGUCUGCGGGAUGCUCGGCCGAGGAGAUGUUGGUGAACGAGGCGGUGGGUAAGGAUAUUCGAGCGUCAGAAGAGGGUGUCUGGGAGAAGAUCAUGGACGAAGGUACAGGGAAGGGAGGGAGGGGAUGGAGUGUGUCUGCAGGUCCUUUAGAUCAUCGAGUCCCAAGCCAAGGUUACGUCCUGAACGAACCAACACCCCGCGAACCGCUCGAUACCGCCAGCCUCAUCCCCAUUCUCACCCAACAUGCCGCUGCUCUCAAACAGUACGAUCCGCCUGUCCACCACCCCCUCUCGGUUCUUUCCCACCUAACUUCUCUUCCCCCUCCCCCGCCAUUUGUCCUUCCCGACGGAUCAUCUCUGCACCCACCCCCACUCUCCGGCCAACCCCCCCGCAAACUCGUCAUCUUUGGUGACUGCAGCGGUGGAACUCCCAACUCUACAUUCCAAGCCAUGUGCGCCGACGCCAGUCUGCUCGUACACGAAUGUACGAACGCGCACAUUGCCGAGCCCUACCAAAAAGGCGAGAAGGGACGGCGUCUACGCGUGGGCGGGCUGGAACAUAGCCUGUUGAAGAAGAAGGAGGUGAAUAUGGGGCAUCCAUUAGGCGAGGAAGCGAUCAAGGGUCCGAAUGUCGGCGAGGAUGCGGAAAAGAAGAGGGAAGAGGUGCAAAAGAAGGCGAGGUCGAGGGGUCAUUCGACGCCAAAGGAGGUGGGCGAGUUUGCGAAGGCCAUAAAGGCCAGGAGGGUGGUCAUCAAUCACUUUUCAGCAAUGUUCCCAUCCCCGCGAUAUCACACUUCCUCCCCAUUCCCAUCCCUCUUAUCGCCCACUUCACCCUUCCCCGCGCCUACGCCCUACCCCAUGACACACUCGUCGGACCCACCAAUACCGCCCCUCCCUCUCACAUCCACCGAGCUCCACACACGGAUAAUUAUGCAAAAUAUCGCCGAUCAGGUUAAUGAAGUAUGGAAUGGCGAUGGCCUCGGGGAGGUGCAAAGGCAGUGCGUGCCAGCGAGGGAUUUCAUGGUUGUGCGGAUACCGGGACAUGAGCUUGACGAGGUUGAAGUGGACGAGCAGGGUGAGAUGGGGAGGGAGGUGAAGGAGGUGAUGGCGAGUUGGGCGGAAGAUGGGGGUGCAUGGGUAAAAGAGGGCAAGGAGAAGCGGUGGGUUGGGGUGUCGGAGGCGCCUGGCGAGACGUAG